UCUCCUCAGCCCUGGGGCUCCUCUGUGUCGGGUUGUUGGUGGGUCUGCUGCUCUGGUUCAGAAACAAAGGUCAAGGUCUGAAGUUGGUCUUCAGCUCCAGGACCAUGGCUCAACAGACUCCCGUCGACCCCACCAAGAUGGGCGUGGGUCGGGCAAUUGCCGUGCUGACUUCUGGGGGCGAUGCCCAGGGUAUGAAUGCAGCUGUGAGAGCGACAGUUCGGGUCGGGCUGUACACGGGAGCUAAGGUGUACUUUGUUCAUGAGGGUUACCAGGGUCUGGUGGAUGGGGGAGAUCAUAUCCGUCCUGCGACUUGGGAGAGUGUGUCGAUGAUGCUGCAGUUGGGUGGAACUGUGAUUGGCAGCGCUCGMUGUCAGGACUUCCGCACCAAAGAGGGGCGCACCAAGGCUGCCUGUAAYUUGGUCAAGCUGGGCAUCACCAACCUGUGUGUUAUUGGAGGUGAUGGCAGUCUCACUGGUGCCAACCAGUUCAGAACAGAGUGGAAAGACCUCUUGGCAGACCUGAUCAAAGCUGGAAAAAUUACAUCAAAUGAAGCCAAGAAUUCCUCCCACCUCAAUAUUGUUGGCAUGGUGGGCUCCAUUGAUAACGACUUUUGUGGAACGGACAUGACCAUCGGCACUGACAGCGCUCUGCAUCGCAUCAUAGAAAUAGUGGACGCCAUCACAACCACAGCACAGAGUCACCAAAGGACCUUCAUUUUGGAAGUAAUGGGCAGGCAUUGUGGUUACCUUGCCUUGGUAACAGCUCUUGCCUGUGGUGCCGAUUGGGUGUUCAUCCCAGAGAUGCCCCCAGAUGAAGAAUGGGAGCAGCAUCUGUGUAGAAGACUGACAGAUCAAAGAGGCCGUGGCUCCCGACUGAAUAUUAUCAUUGUUGCAGAGGGAGCGAUUGACCGCAAAGGUAAACCAAUUACCUGUGACUAUGUCAAACAGCUGGUAGCAAAGAAACUAGGCUUUGACACUCGAGCCACCGUCCUGGGUCACGUACAGAGAGGAGGAACCCCCUCUGCUUUUGACAGAAUCUUGGCCAGCAGAAUGGGUGUGGAGGCAGUCAUGGCUCUGCUCGAGGCAACACCAGAGACCCCUGCCUGUGUGGUCAGCUUGUCUGGAAACAUGGCUGUCAGGCUCCCUCUCAUGGAGUGUGUGCAAGUUACUAAAGACGUCACGACAGCCAUGGCUGAGGGACGUUACGAUGAGGCUAUAAACCUCAGGGGAAAGAGCUUUGAGAACAACUGGAACACUUAUAAAAUGUUGGCUCAUGUGCACCCCCCAGAAACAAAGAGUAAUAUCAACAUCGCCAUACUGAACGUGGGUGCUCCAUGCGCAGGAAUGAACGCUGCAGUACGUGCAGCUGUGAGGACUGGGCUCCUUCAGGGCCACCACAUGCUGGCAGUGCAUGACGGCUUUGAUGGCUUGGCACAUGGAAUGAUCGAGCCUAUUGGCUGGUCUGGAGUGGCAGGAUGGACUGGAAAAGGAGGAUCCAUGCUGGGCACAAAGAGAACACUGCCCAGUGAAUUCAUGGAAGAGAUCAGUCUAAACAUCACCAAGUUCAACAUUCAUGCUCUUGUCAUCAUUGGAGGCUUUGAGGCAUUCCUGGGAGGGUUAGAAAUGGUGCAAGGAAGAGAAAAGUAUGAGGAACUAUGUGUUCCUCUUGUUGUUAUCCCUGCUACUGUCUCCAACAAUGUUCCAGGAUCAGACUUCAGUAUUGGCACUGACACUGCCCUCAACACCAUAACCACRACAUGUGACAGGAUCAAGCAAUCUGCUGCUGGCACUAAGAGAAGGGUGUUCAUUGUUGAGACCAUGGGAGGAUACUGUGGCUACCUGGCAACCAUGGCUGGGUUAGCAUCYGGAGCUGAUGCUGCCUACAUUUAUGAGGAGCCAUUCAACAUUCAUGACCUCGAGUUGAAUGUGGAACAUUUGGUGGAGAAGAUGAAAACUACAGUGAAGAGGGGACUCAUUCUGAGAAAUGAGAAAUGCAAUGCAAACUACACCACUGACUUUAUCUUCAACCUGUAUUCAGAAGAAGGCAAGGGUGUGUUCGACUGCAGAAAAAACGUCCUUGGUCAUAUGCAGCAGGGUGGGACUCCCAGUCCUUUUGACAGGAACUUUGGAACAAAGAUGGGGAUGAAGUCUAUUCUUUGGCUGACUGACAAGCUGAAAGAAUGCUACAGGCAUGGUCGCAUCUUUGCCAACUCUAAAGAUUCAGCUUGUGUCCUGGGAAUGAGGAAACGAUCUCUGGUGUUCCAGCCUUUGGCAGAACUUAAAAAUGAGACAGAUUUUGAACACCGUAUUCCAAARAUCGAGUGGUGGAUGAGGUUAAGGCCCAUCUUGAAGAUCCUGGCCAAAUACAAGAUCAACCUGGACACCUCAGAGAAGGCUGCGAUGGAACAUGUCAUCAAGAAGAGGGGCUUAGUUCCUUCUGUGUGAUCACUGCACUUGAGCUUUCUUGUCUUCCUUUAAAGCACUUUGUAAACUUUGUGCAAUAUAAAUAAAGAAAUGCAAAAAAAUAGUCUUA